UUCAACUGGGGAAAAUACAAAAGUACAAGAGAAAAAUAAACAUGGCCGAUCAGCAAAAAGACAAGAAACCAGAUUUAGGUCUUCUCGAAGAGGACGAUGAGUUUGAAGAAUUUCCAGCAGAAGAUUGGACGGGAGCCGAGGAAGAUGCAGAUGACGAUAAAGUGUGGGAGGACAACUGGGAUGAUGAUAACAUUGAGGAUGACUUUUCCAAACAGUUGAGGGCCGAACUUGAAAAGAAACGCACAACAGAUGGAAGUGAACCAAUGAAGACUUGAGAAUCGUAGUGCAUCCGUCAUCAUCUGAUCAUCAUCUCAUCAUCACACAUGUCCACAUAAUCAUCACUCCGUGUUUGUGACCAGACUUAAUUGUUCUUUACAUGGAGCCUCAGGCAUUUUUGGAGAAUGUUGGAAUAUUUCAUGAAAGCCAUUGAUUUGAUAACAUUGUGGAUGUCUUUUCCAUUCAUGUCAACAAUUCUCAUAUAAAUGUGUGUUCGUUAAAA